AAAAUUAAAAUAUUAAAAAAAAAACUCCCUAUCCACCUAUCCGGUCAAAAUCACCCACCACCGCCACCGCCGCACCCACCGCCUCUUACCAAUGCCCUCCCCUCUUGCUCCGCUACAAACCCUAGUCCCAAAGUCAUGACGGCCGGCGGAUCAUCAACUCUGGCGGCAGGAGUCGCCACCGCGGUUCCCCGUAAAUUCAACCCAGGCUCGCCAUGGACGGACCAAGAGACGGGUCACUUGAUCGAUGCCUACGAGGAGAGAUGGUACUCCCUGAAACGCGGCCAGCUCAAGGCCCAACAAUGGGAAGAGGUCGCCGCUGAUGUCGCCACUCGAUGUGGCUUUACUAUCCCCUCCAAAAACGGCACGCAGUGCCGCCACAAGAUCGAGAAGCUCCGCAAGCGCUAUCGCUCCGAGCGUCUCCGCCCCAUAAGAUCCUCUUGGCCUUUCUUUGACCGGAUCGACCGUAUGGAGCGCGGGCCGUUACCGAUCUCCGCACUGCCGGCCUUCUCUGAAGAGGAUGAGGAUUCCGGAGAGCCGCGCGGGAGCAACACGCGGAGCAUUAAUGGAAUCCUGCGUGAGGCGGUGCCGUGGAAGGAUUCUAGAGUUUCGAGAAAUUUAGGGAAGAGGAAGAGACUAACCGAGGAGCAGGAGGAGGAUGAGGAGGAGGAAGAUGAUGAUGAGGAGAACGAGGAGGACUAUGGCGGUGAUGUGGGGGAGAUAGCGGCGGAGUUGAAGAGGUUUGGGGAGGGUUAUGUGAGGAUGGAAAGGAAGAGGAUGGAUGUUAUGAGGGAGAUGGAGCGGGAGUGGAUGGAGAUGGAGGCGAAAAGGAUGGAGAUGAUCAUGGAAGCGCAGCGGGGAAUUAUGGAGACCAUUGCAGGGGCGUUCUCGAAGAAGUCGAAGAAUUCAGUGGAUAUGCAAGGGUAACAGGUAAUUUCCCCCCCUUCAACGCUCCACCGGACUUGGAUUUUUCAUGAAUUGAGUGUAAACAAGCACUGUUUGACGAGGAGAUUUGUUCAUUAUGCCCUCCCUGUCAGCUUUUUUUUUUUUUUUAAGUAUAUUUUUGGUUACUUAAAGAACUAUUUUUUAAAAGAGCAAUUUUUAGGAUGGAAUAAUUCUCUCA